AUUUAUUAUUUAUCAAAAUAACAAAAGCAUAACAAUAAAAGAGGAAGUUGUUUAACAAUGUCUAUAAGAUAUUUUUUACUCUUGGUAUUUGCCAUCUCUCUUUGUGGAGAAUGUCGAAAAUCUUAUAAAAAGUAACAGAUAUUUUAUAUAAAAUAAGCUGUUGAUGUUUCUUAUUUUGUCGCUCGUCUUUACUUUAGUUACAAGAUUGUGGGGGUUACACCCAACUCUGAAAAAGAGAUGCAAUUGCUUAAACAUCUCCAGAGAUAUAGCGACAUUGAUUUCUUGGUAGAACCAACAAGAAUUAUUGGGAAGGAAGCUGUAAUGUUGGUGGAUCCUGACCAACUUAUACUAAUCGACUCUAAAUUUCCGAUAUCUACUGGAAAAGCCAGAAUUCUCAAUGGCAACGUUGAAAAAGAUCUUGAAGAUAUGUGGAAGAGAUUAGAUCAGAAGAAGGUUUUCAACAUAAAUGAUUACAACACACUUGAAGAUAUAAAUUCUGAAUUGGAUAGAUACGCUGCAAACUGCAAGGAAGGUGUUACCUGCGAAAUUGAGGAAUUUGGUAAUUCAGUCGAGGGCAGACCCCUUCGCAUGUUAAAGAUAACCAAGCCAGGCCCCGAUAGAAAAGUUUUAGUCUUCGACUCAACAAUUCAUUCAAGAGAAUGGUUAGCUCCUGCAACGCUGCUGAAAGUUCUGGACUUGAUUCACAAACAAGAAGAAAAUGAUGCAAUUGAACUACUUAAUAAAUACGAUUUCUAUUUUUCUAUCAUAUUGAAUCCAGACGGUUACGUUUAUACCUGGGAGACUGAAAGAUUUUGGCGUAAGACUAGAAGUAUUAAUCCGAAUUCGAUCUGUAAUGGAGUUGAUUUAGAUAGGAAUUUCGAUAUCAAAUGGGGAACUGUUGGUGCUUCGACUAAUCCUUGCACAGACGAAUUUUGCGGAAGUGCAAAGGCUUCCGAACCAGAAACUAAAGCUAUUCAAGAUUUGUCUUUAAGAAUUGGACAUAAGGUUUUGGCCUGGAAUACGAUGCACACGGCAGCUCAAACGAUUCUUUUUGCAUGGAGUGUUUUAGAAGAUGGUGUUUGUAAGAUGGCUGAUGAUCAUGAUGACUUGUCAAGGGUUGCCGACGCUUACGCCGAUGCAAUCGAAAAUACCUAUGGAACUGUUUGGAGGAGAGGAAACUCUUGUUUAUUAACUUAUCCAACAUCUGGCACUCAGAAUGACUACUUAAGGGCACAGGCAGGUAUAAAGUGGGUUUAUACACCUGGAUUAAGAGGACCUGGAUUUAAUCCUGGUUCUAAUGCGAUAGAACCAAGCUUUCGAGAAUAUUGGAACGGAGUUAAAGCAAUGAUAAAAGCAAUAGAAGAUACGAAACAGUAAUCAAUACAUAGAAAUAUUUACAAGUUAAAUUUAGCCUUAACAAUAAAAUAUAAGACAUAAUAUAGUAUUAUAUAUAAACAAGAGAUGCUAACAAUUGAAUGUUUCCUUUUAUAUAGUAUUAAGAACAAAAUUAUGUAAUACUAUUCUAUUAGUCUAUUAAUAGUUCUUUCGAUUAGAGUUUAUCAAUUCUAUUAAUUUUUCUUCUGACGAAUGAAACGAUUGUAUAUGAAUAAAGAAUUUAUAAUUGAGUAUAUUGCAAGCUGUGUAAAUUAUGAUGUUUUCAGUUAGCUUUUCAGUCUCUAAGUGAUAAAUUUAUGUUCAUCAGCUGGAAAAAACUGUGUUUAUGAAAGAUUUAUUCAACUGGUGUAAAAUUAGACCAAUCGAGUAAUGAAGUUUAUAAUGAGAUUGGAAAACGUAUAAAAGGAAAAAAAUAAAGAAAGACAAUAAGAACAAAGGAAAAAUUGUAGUUGAUAUAAUUAACAUAG